CGUCAAACGGAGUGAAAACCAUCGAGUAUUGCUAGAAAGGACGUCGAGGAGAGGACAAGGCCUGAGGGACGUCGUCUUUCGAGUCAUCCACGGGAGGGUGGAGAGAUGUAGAGCGGCUCUCGUGCUCUUCCCAGGGACAAAGCAGUAGCUGGAAGAUAGAGAGGAUGCCAAGAAGAGCACUCUGCACAACAGAGAAUGAGAAGCAGCAUUAAAAUGCAAGACAAACCAUCACCCAAAACCUUUUCUACUUCUUGCACGAAGAUUGAAAACUCUCCUCCUUUCUCAUCAGAGAAAAGGGAGCAAAUAACAAGAACAAAGUUUUGAGAUGGAAAAAAUAGAGCAUGUGCAACUCAACAAAACAUUACACGAGACGUCAAGGGAGAUAAUAUCCAAAUAAAGAAAAAGGGGAAAUAACUGGAAGUCAUUGGGGUAGCCAAAAUGGGCAGGCAUCAAUUAAAGCCUUUCAGGAAGGUAAGAGUGAGUUGACUCAAAGAACCUCCAAGAAAGAGAUCAGAACAUUUUUGUCCUCCUCAAGAAUCCAAGAAUAGUAGUGAUGGAAAAACCCCUUAAUGUGGGAAAAAUAGAAGUUGCAGAUCACAGCUGAUUAUGCAUGAGACGAUCCACCCAGUGAAAAGCGAUACAAAUGUUUGCAGUUUGAAGCUUUACUCAGAAUAGCUCCCUUACGACUCAUGGAAGGACCCAUACAGGAGACAAGCUCUACCAGACGACCGAAUGUGACAAAAGAUUUAGCAUGAACACUAAUAUGGUAAGACACAAGAGGACUCAUGCAGAAGAGAAACCAUAUGAGUGCCCAGAUUGUGGGAAAGGUUUCAGUUGGAAUUCCCUCCUGGUGCAACAUCGGAGGACUCACACGGGAGAGAAACCAUAUGAGUGUCCUGAUUGUGGGAAAGAUUUUUCUUGGAAAUCCAUCCUGGUGAACCAUCAAAGGACUCACACAGGAGAGAAACCAUAUAAAUGUCAUGAUUGUGGAGAACAUUUUAGUCAGAAUUCCUACCUGGUGAAACACCAGAGGACUCAUAUGGGAGAGAAACCGUGUGAGUGUUCGGAUUGUGGGAAAGUUUUCAGUUGCAAUUCUGACCUGGUGAAACAUCGAAGGACUCACACGGGAGAGAAAUCCCAUGAGUGUCCUGAUUGUGGGAAAGGUUUCAGUCGCAAUUCAAACCUGGUGAUACAUCAGAGGACUCACACAGGAGAAAAACCAUAUGAGUGUUCAGAUUGUGGGAAAGGUUUCGGUCACAAAUCCCACCUGGUGAAACAUCUGAUGACUCACACAGGAGAGAAACCAUAUGAGUGUCUGUAUUGUGGGAAAAGUUUCAUUCAGAAUUCAAACUUGGUGAUACACCAGAGGGCUCACACAGGAGAAAGACCAUAUGAGUGUUCAGAUUGUGGGAAAGGUUUUGGUUACAAAUCCCACUUGGUGAAACAUCUGACGACUCACAUAGGAAAGAAACCAUAUGAGUGUUCAGAUUGUGGGAAAGGUUUCACUUUCAAUUCUGACCUGGUGGUACACCAGAGGAUUCACACGGGAGAGAAACCAUAUAAGUGUCCAGAUUGUGGGAAAAGUUUCAGACUUAAUUACAAGUUGGUGAUACACCAGAGGAUUCACACGAGGGAGAAACCAUAUGAGUGUCCAGAUUGUGGGAAAAGUUUCACCCAGAAUUACGACCUGGUAAUACACAAGAGGAUUCACACAGGAGAAAAAUCAUAUGAGUGCUCAGAUUGUGGGAAAAGAUUCAUCCGCAAUUCGUACCUGAUAAUACAUAGGAGGACUCACACAGGAGAAAAACCGUAUGAGUGUCCAGAUUGUGGGAAAAAAUUCAUCCGGAAUUCCUAUCUGGUAAUACAUAGGAGAACUCACACAGGAGAAAAACCAUAUGAGUGUCCAGAUUGUGGGAAAAGAUUCAUCCGGAAUUCCGACCUGGUAAUACAUAGGAGAACUCACACAGGAGAAAAACCAUAUGAGUGUUCAGAUUGUGGGAAAAGAUUCAUCCGGAAUGCUGACCUGGUAAUACAUAGGAGGAUUCACACGGGAGAAAAACCAUAUGAGUGCCCAGAUUGUGGGAGAGAUUUCAGUAGUAAGUAUAAGCUUAUAAAUCAUGUAAAGUUACACAUAGCAGAGGCAGCCCUUUCAGCCAGGAACAGGCUCUGGAGUCUCACAGCCUCCCCGUCCCUUCACGGCCACACAGGAUCGUCAGUCCGACAGACCUGGUUUCAGAUCCAGAGGGUAGAAGCGGAACAGGCAGGGGCCCCGGACUUUGACCUUCCGCUGGGGCCUUCGACUUCUACUCAGGGGAUCACAGCUGAUUAUGCACGAGACGAUCCAUUCAGUGAAGCGCGAUACAAAUGUUUGGAGUUUGGCAAAAGCUUUACUCAGAGUAGCUCUCUUAUGGUUCACGGAAGGACCCAUACAGGAGAGAAGCUCUACCGGACAACCCAGUGUGACAAAAGAUUUAGCAUGAACACUAAUAUGGUAAGACAUAAGAGGAGUCACGCAGAAGCGAAACCAUAUGAGUGCCCAGAUUGUGGGAAAGGUUUCAGUUGGAAUUCCCUCCUGGUGCAACAUCGGAGGACUCACACAGGAGAGAAACCAUAUGAGUGUCCUGAUUGUGGGAAAGAUUUUUCUUGGAAAUCUGACCUGGUGAAACAUCAAAGGACUCACACAGGAGAGAAACCAUAUAAAUGUCGUGAUUGUGGAGAACAUUUUAGUCAGAAUUCCCAACUGGUGAAACACCAGAGGACUCACACAGGAGAGAAACCCUAUGAGUGUUCAGAUUGUGGGAAAGAUUUCACUUGCAAUUCUGACCUGGUUAAACAUCAGAGAACUCAUACAGGAGAGAAACCAUAUAGAUGUCCAGAUUGUGGCAAAAGUUUCAGUCAGAGUUACUACUUGGUCAUACACCAGAGGAGCCACACAGGAGAGAAACCGUAUGAGUGCCAAGAUUGUGGGAAAGGUUUCAGUUGCAAUUCUGACCUGGUGAAACAUCAGCGGACUCACACAGGAGAGAAACCAUAUAAAUGUGAUUGUGGGAAAUGUUUCAAUCAAAAGUCCUACCUGGUGAAACACCAGAGGAUUCACACGGGAGAGAAACGGUAUGAGUGUUCAGAUUGUCAGAAAGGUUUCUGUUCCAACUCCGACCUGGUGAAACAUCAGCGAACUCACACAGGAGAGAAACCGUAUAAAUGUGAUUGUGGUAAAAGUUUCAGUCAGAAUUCCUACCUGAUGAAACACCAGAGGACUUACAUGGGAGAGAAAUCAUAUAAGUGUGCAGAUUGUGGGAAAAUUUUCCAUCGGAAUUCUCGCCUGGUGGUACACCAGAGAACUCACACAGGGGAGAAACGGUAUCAGUGUCUGGACUGUGGUAAAAGUUACACUCGGAAUUCCAACUUGGUGAUUCACGAGAAGACUCACACAGGGGAGAAAUCAUAUCGGUGUCCUGAUUGUGGAAAAACUUUCAGUCAGACUUUUACCCUUGUGCAACACCAGAACACUCACACUGGAGAAAAACCAUAUGAGUGCCUAGAUUGUGGGGAAAAAUUCAGUUGGAAUUUCCAUCUGAUGAUACACCAAAAGACUCAUACAGAUGAGAAACUGUAUGAAUGUCCAGAAUGUCAGGAAAGUUUUAGUUGCAAAUCUGAACUGGCGAAGCACCAGAAGAUUCACAGAGAAAAGAGGCUGUAUGAGUGUCCAGAUUGUGGGAAAAGUUUCACUCAGAAUUCCAAACUGGUGAGACACCAGAGAAUUCAUACGGGAGAGAAACCAUAUGAGUGUUUAUAUUGUAGAAAAAGUUUCAUUCAGAAUUCCAAUCUGGUAAUACACAAGAGGACUCACACAGGAGAAAAACCAUAUCAGUGUCCAGAUUGUGGAGAAAGUUUCAGUCAGAAUUCCUACCUGAUGAAACACCAGAGAAUUCACACAGGAGAAAACCCAUAUGAAUGUGUGGUGUGUAGGAAAAGUUUCAUUCGAAAUUCCGACUUGGUGAAGCACCAGAGGACUCACACAGGAGAAAAACCAUAUGAGUGUCUCGAAUGUGGGAAAAGAUUCAGUCGGAAUUCCAGUCUGGUGAUACACUGGAGGACUCACACAGGAGAAAAACCAUAUGAAUGUCCUGUUUGUGGGAAAGAUUUCAGAAGUAGAGCUAUCCUUAUAAAUCAUGUACAGUUACACAUAGGGGAGUAAUUCUGUAAGUGAGAAUGCUAUAAAAUACCGUGGGGUGGAAUAUUAAUUCUAAGUGCUAUUGCUGUAAUAAAGAAAUAGCUUUAAA